GCAGGAGAGUGCUGUUUUGCCAACUUUUGGCGUUGUUCUGAUUCCUUGGCAAAGGUUCUGUGUUAUUCCUGUCGGAACGACGAAGUUAGUUGAGAGUUCCGUGUCAAGUGUCUCGCUUGUUAUUACUGCUGCUCUUCACUCUUGUACUAAGUAGUUGUAGUUAUCAGCCUUCGCCUUCCGAAGUAGAUUUGGAUAUGGGAACAGACAGAUAACAGAGGGCACGGGCUGAUGAGAUGCUCAACGGAGCAUUGAUCAUACGAAAUGGAGAAUGAGACAAAACCACCGGAGAUUUCCUCGGACAAAACUAAGGAGUUGGACAUUCUGACGAUUGGCCUUUCCACUGGCUGGGCUGUUCGAUUGGUUGAGUCAGAGGGAAAGAAAACCAACAGGCUUCAUUACGUCAAUCACGUCAAGCGUUCGGCGCAGUGGCUCCCUCCUCCGGAGUUUUGGAAAUGCCCCAACUUGCUGCCGUAUGGAUGGGAGCUUGGCAUUGACGAUGAUGGGCACGUCUAUUACAUCAAUCAUUUAAAUGAAAUCACCACAAGAAGGGAUCCACGUGUUCAAGCAACGCUGGAUGACCAGGAUACCAGGAAAGAGUUUCUCCUUGAAAAAAAGGACAGUGAUGAGGAUUUCGGCUUCACUCUAAGCGAUUCCCCACCGUAUGUUGUGACCUCAGUAGCACCAGGGGGUGCUGCAUCGUCAUCGCUAAGUGCAAAUGACGUUAUCUCCCGUGUCGGACAUGUUGAAGUGUUUGAACUUAGCAAGGACGAAGUGUCUGAUCUUCUUAAGGAAGCAACACAUACGGGGACUGUGAAGAUUCAGGUGAUGAACUCUGAGGUGUCUGGUCCGCAGAAUGAGAGCCUGCCGACGCAAACUCAAGAUGGAAAGCUUGCUACUCAUUUACUACCUGGCGUACUACUAGUUGAUCUGAUGACUGGUGGCUCAAGGAAGUUCCGUAUUACACGCACAACAACUGCUCAGGAUAUUGUGGACAAUGUGUGCAAGAGACUAGACAUCACCACACCAGAGAUGUUCGGACUGUACAUUGAAACAGUGACACCAGAGCGCUCCUCAUUGAGAAUCCUCUACGGAUGGCAGCUGCUGGCUAAAUUGCCUCAAGAAAUCAUUGACUCCAUGGUGGCCAAUGAUAUUGAAGCUGGCGAGCCUAGGCCCGAAAAUGACCGGUCACACAUCGUACGAAUAGUCUGCAGAUUGCGUUUCCUUCCAGGAUCUAUUGAUGAUCUUUAUGAUGUCGAUCGGAGAGCGUUUGAGUACUUCUUUCAUCAGACUUCUUUGGAUGUAGCCAACGAUCGUUUCUCUAGUGAAUGUCCCAAUGACGUGGCCUUACUGCUGGGCAGUUUGAGUAUAGCACACUUCUGUAUGAAACAAGGCAAGAAGAAGGUCAGCCUGAAAGAAGUCGAGAAAACUGUUGGAGGUCUGCAGCCUUUCUUUCCGACAAGCAUUUUGGAUCGCCUGAAGACUGCUGACCUUCGAAAACACGUGAAGAAAGCGCUGGACACACAGGAUAUUGACAUGGAGCAGCCCAAUGCAACAGAUCUACAGCUAAAGUAUCUUUCACUGCUUGCAGAGUUCCCGUCACUGGCUGGCGAGAAAUUUAAAUGUAUGGAUGAAGUGAACAACCAAGAGAUAACUCUGUUAGUUUCACCGCAGAAUGGUUUUGGCUCGAUCGACAGUCCCUUGGAGGCCGGAUGGUGCUCAGAAGUCCAGAUCACCACAUUUUGCUCAUUUGAUGGCCUGGAAUCUAUCAAAGUAGAAGAACUUGAAGUGCCAACGGAAAAGGCGACAACGCGUGUUAUCAUCAGCUUUGAGGAUUCUGAUAUAGAGCCACACAAGUACCAGAUGAGCAAGGAAGCAGCCAGAGAGAUCGGACACUUACUGCAAGGUUACGCGCAGUUGCUAGCAAAGGUGGAGCUGGCGUUGGAUGAUCCUGUUCUGCUGAUCGACACAAAGUUGGAGACAGAUAAAUCCCCACCAUAUCGCUCAUUGCAUCACGUAGCAACAACAAACUGGAGCUACUUUGAUGGUGCUUGGGAGACCUAUCUACAGACGAUGAAUAAGUCUGAGAGUGCAGCGAUCUCCCAGAACAACUCAUGUCGUUUGAAUUUCCCAGUGGGUAAAAUCCUAGUAGAGAAGGCCUCUCUUUAUGAGUACAUGGCGGUUGAUCUAUCACAGAAGCUGUCCUACGGUAAGCGGAAGAAGAAGCGUGUCAUUUACUUGCGAAAGACCGGGGCUGAUCUUGCCCGUGAUUUCCUAAAUAGGCCAGAGCCACUUGAUGUAGAGGAGCAAGAAGACUUCACGGCUCAUCUCUGUUCAAGACAGAUGGUUAGCACAGCGGUAACGACUGAGGAGACGGCUGAAUCCAGUGAAGACACUGCGAGUGCACCGCCAAAGAAAUCGGCCGGCGCAGCUGCUGCCCUUGCUGCAUUGCUUGGCAGAUCGAAACCUGUGGUUGAUGAGUCAGAGGGUCUAGCCACAGCACAACCCUUACGUGGAAUUGUUGCCAGCAGUGACUUUGGCAACUCCAUGAGCUUCAACGAAAGUAGCAAUGACACGGCCAGCACAGCUCCUGAUCCAGGCUGGGGUGGAUCAGCCACUGUUGAAAUUACACCCGCGGCCGAUCCACCUGGUACCGCGCCUCCUGAUGCAGCAGGUUGGGGAAAUGAAGAUGAAGCGUCUGCAAAGCAGCCAUCUCUCUCUGACUUUGGCGUUUCUGUCCGUUCCACCCCACAAGGAUUCGGAUUUGGUGCUGGAGGAAAUGAAGAAGAUGAAAUUGCUGGCUGGUAAAUUGUGCCUAUAUAUAUAUAUUUAUUUUUUAUAUUAGGUCAGGUCAAGCUCAUCACCCACUAGAUAACAUUGUUAGAAUGCUGCUAUUGCUUACAUUUUUUGCUUUGCCAGGGGCUGGAUACUCUGACAUGGCGUUCAUGUUGUUUGGCUGACACAGUAAUACAUGUAGUUACUUCACGUAGAAUGUUCCUUGUCCCAUGUUCGUAUGUCUGUAGUAAUUUUGCCAAUCAUCUGUUUUUCUUUAGAUAUUUUGAUUUUCUUGCUGGUUAGUGAUAGUGCUGUACAAGUUAAUUAAUAAUCACUGCUGCUUGAUGUUGCAGUGGUGGGGGAUGUUGGUGACCCAGGGGCCGCCUCAUAAAUAAGCAUCCCGUUUUGCUCAGUGAGACUGGCAUGCAUGUGCUGUUGCCUUAUUUCGUCGCCUUAUUUCCCCGUUAAUUAAUGAAUAAAUGUAGCUUUUCCAUUUUUACAGACUGUCUAACUAAACCAACUUCUUUGUGUGUUCUCAUGGCAGUUUCUCGACAUUUUCCAUACUACACACCUGCCACUUUCAGCAACACAAAAUUGCUAGUGCCCUUUUUAUUGCUUCAUCUAAUCAGCGUUGUGUACGCACCCAAUCGUAGUCCUUUGUCACACCCAAACGCCGCCCUACUGGGUUUGGCAUAUCCACGUAGCAUCCACUCUCAACAUUCACUAGUAUCC